AUGAGUGACUCUGAAUCCCUUUCAUGCUCCCUAACCUUAGAGAGUGACGAUUAUGAUGACGAAGAAUACGAUACGAAUUUGAACAAGCUACUUGAAAAUAAGACAUUAAAUUGGAUAUUUGUAGGAGGAAAGGGUGGAGUGGGUAAAACCACCACAUCUUGCUCCAUAGCUGUCCAGCUAGCCAAAAAAAGAGAAUCCGUUUUACUGUUAUCUACCGAUCCAGCACACAACACAAGUGAUGCAUUUAAUCAAAAAUUCACAAAUAAACCAACCCUAAUCAAUUCAUUUAACAAUUUAUACUGCAUGGAAAUAGACACCACUUUUUCAGAAAACACUGCAUUUAAAUUAAAUAAAACCGAAUUUUUUGAUAAUAUAAUUCCAGAACUUUUACAAAGUUUUCCAGGAAUUGAUGAAGCCCUAUGUUUUGCUGAAUUAAUGCAAUCAAUAAAAAACAUGAAAUAUUCAGUUAUCGUUUUUGAUACAGCACCGACAGGGCAUACAUUAAGAUUACUAGCUUUUCCUGAAUUACUAAAAAAGGCACUGGGAUAUUUAAUUAAUUUACGAGAAAAGCUGAAAGGAACUUUAAACAUGUUAAAAAGUUUUACAAACAAUGAAAUGGAAUUAGAAGGAUUAUACGAAAAGAUCAAUCAUCUCAAUGCAAUGUCAAUUAGUAUUCAAUCCAAUUUUCAGAAUCCUUUAAAAACAACAUUUGUAUGUGUUUGUAUCCCUGAAUUUUUAAGUGUAUAUGAAACCGAAAGAUUAAUACAAGAACUUACAAAAAAGAACAUUUCAUGCUAUAAUAUAGUUGUAAAUCAGGUCGUUUUUCCCCUAGAUUCUACCACAGUAAAUGUAGAUCAUUGUGAAAGUUUAUUGAAACAAAUUAAAGACAAAAAUGUUCAAGAAUCUUUUAAUAGUCUAAUUCAGAAGACAAAAGAAUUGGAAGAUGUAUAUAUAUCCAGAAGGAAAUUACAGUCCAAAUAUCUCACGCAGAUCAAAAAUUUAUAUGGGAACGAUUUUCACAUCGUUUGUAUGCCACAGUUAAAGAGUGAAAUACGGGGAUUAGAAAACAUAUCCAAUUUUUCAGAAAUGCUUUUGGAAUCGAAGGAAAUCCCAAUAUACAAAUGA